GCGACAUGCCAAGCAAAGUUCGGUGAUUAUCAAUGCAACAAUGCAAUGGUAAUUUGGUCACAAUUGAAGGGGAAAAUAACCCAGUUCAAGAAUCCCAGUUCUAUUGGCCAGGCAAUUGCCAAAAAUCUUCCUGAAUCUAAGAUGAUUGAAUCUACCUCUGUUGCUGGACCUGGAUUUGUGAAUAUAAAAUUUUCAAACAAGUGGAUAUCUAAGCAUAUCCAAAACAUGUUGGUAAAUGGGAUUGAGCAAUGGGCACCAAUACUUUCAGUUAGAAAGGCAGUGGUAGAUUUCUCAUCACCUAAUAUUGCAAAGGAAAUGCAUGUUGGUCACUUAAGAUCCACCAUUAUGGGUGACACUUUAGCUCGCAUGUUGGAGUUUUCAAACGUGGAAGUCCUUCGAAGGAAUCAUGUUGGUGAUUGGGGUACACAGUUUGGCAUGUUAAUCAAGUAUUUGUUUGAACAAUUUCCAAAUUGGGAGGAUGCUGGGGAUCAAGCUAUUGGUGACCUUCAAGUGUGA